AUGUUCCGCGUUCCUGUCGACGGUUUUGCCGCUUUCAGGAGGGGUUUCCACCUUUUCCCGACCGGGGUGCGCGGCGUCACCGACGCCGGCCUCAAGCCGCGCCCCAUCCGCACCGCGGCCGUGCUGGGCGGCGGCCUCAUGGGCAGCGGCAUCGCCACGGCGCUCGCGCUUGCGGGGGUGGACGUGCUGCUGAAGGAGGUCAACCAGCAGUUCCUGGAC